GUAGAAGGUUUUGCUGAUUAAAAGCAAAAAAAAAAAAAAAAAAAAAAGGUGGGGUGUCACGUGGCUGCUAAGCAACAAAGCAACAACAGGCAGACAUGGCGGAAACCAGUGAAACAGCAGAUAUCCAGAGGAAAAUCCGCGCAGCUUUCCACGUGUUUGACCACAAAGCUGACAACACUGUGGACGUUCGAGAGGUUAGCACCAUCAUCUAUUCUCUGGGAUGUUUCCCCACCAAAGCAGACAUCCAUCGCUUCGUGGAUGAGGUGGAAGAGGACAAUAUGGGAUAUGUUCAUUUGGACAAGUUCCUUCCAGUCAUGACCAAAGUAUUACUGGAGAACAAGUUUCCUCCCAUCCCUGAAGAGAAUUUGCUUCAGGCGUUUGAGGUUCUGGACAAAGAAAGAAGAGGAUACAUGGAGCCACAGGAGCUGGCGAAAUACAUGAAAAGUGAAGGUGAGACCUUCAGUCAGGAAGAGAUGAAUGAAAUGCUGACAGCACUGGUCGAUGAAAAGAAGAACCUUAUCUGUUACAAGGAGUUAAUCAGUCAGUUGACCCUUGACCUGGACACGUAGGCCAAACCGUUCUGCAUUUCUGCUAAAAAAAAAAACUGUUUGUGCCCCAAUAAAAAUACAUUUUAAUUUGUA